AUGGACGACGGGGCGACGCUCGCUCGCGAUGACGAUGCUCGCUGGAGCCUCGACGUGUGGCUGGUGCUGGCAGCGAGGUCUGUCCGGAUGCUAGCGUUCGGCUCCUCGUCGCUCAUCCUUGCACUCUACCUUUCCAGCCUCACGCAUUCGCCUGUCGAGGUCGGACGCUUCCUCACACUGACUCUAUUCGGAGACUUCAUCCUGUCAUUGGCACUCACUUUCGUAGCCGAGUCGGUGCUAGGGAGACGCAGCACACUGCGUCUUGGCGCAGCCUCGAUGCUCCUAGCGGGGAUUGUAUUCGCCACGACAACCGACACACGCGUGCUGCUCAUCGCGGCGGUCUUUGGCGUCAUCAGUCCGGCAGGAAGCGAGAUCGGACCGUUCAGAGCGGUGGAGGAGAGCAUCCUGGCCCAGAUGGUGCCGAAGCAGCACAGACCGACGCUGUUCGGUUGGUACGUCGUGAUGGGCUCGGUAGCGGCGAGUCUGGCCACCUGGCUCACGGGCUGGAUCAGCAAUCGAUCGGGUGCCGAUAGGGACCAACAUGAGCUGAUGGCAUACUAUCGAGGUGUCUUUGUGGUGUAUGCUGCGCUUGGGCUGGUCAAGUUGCUACUUUCUCUGCUUCUAAGCAGCGAAUGUGAAGCUCCGAUGCAGAGCCGGUCUGGAGGGCAUGGGACCCAAACUCGCGCACAAGAUUCGACCGAAGCCGAGCGCGCACCACUUCUCGAAACAGCGUCAAACGAGGCGGUCAACGAUACGGGCGAGACAAGCCAAGCGGCCCGCACGAUAGACGCAUCGCAAGAAGACGCUUUCGGAUGGAGCAGGCUAGGUGAUCUGUGCCUGUUGUUCGCCAUCGACUCUUUGGGCAGCAGGAUGGCGUCGCAGACGCUCACUUCGUGGUUUCUUGCGCUCAAGUUCCAUGCCGACCUCUCUACGCUCGGCACCAUCACUUCCGCCGCACUGAUGGUAGCUUCGAUCUCGAACCUCUUUUCUGCGCGGCUGGCGAACCGUCUCGGGUUGGUGGUGACGAUGGUGCUCACGCAUCUGCCCUCGAGCAUCGCUCUCGCGCUCACGCCUGUACCAAGCACUCUCAAAUGGACAGCAGCGCUGGUGGUGGGCAGAGCGGCGACGGCGUCCAUGGAUCAGGCCCCGCGCUCUGCCUUCCUCUCGGCGUUCGUCCCGGCUGACAGAAGAACAAGAGUGCUUGGACUCGUCAACACGAUCAAGACUCUCGCACAGUCCGGCGGUCCAACGCUGACAGGAUGGUUCGCGGACAGAGGUCACAUGGGCUGGGCCUUUCAUGUCGCAGGCGCGCUCAAGGCAGGCUACGACCUUGGCCUCCUUGCGGCUUUCUCCAGCGUCACAUAG